AUGUCUGGUCACACUUACGAACACACACUGGAGAAAAGCCUUACCAAGUGUGACACUUGUUUCCAGCAAUUUGCUCAAGCAGGCAGUUUGAAAAAUCACUUAAGAUUGCACAAUGGAGAAACACCUUAUCAGUGUGAAAUUUGUUUUAAGCAAUUUAGUGCAGCAGGAAAUUUGAAAACACACUUACGAAUUCACACUGGAGAAAAGCCUUACAAGUGUGAAAUUUGUUUUAAGCAAUUUAGUCAAUCAAGUGAUUUAAAAAAACAUUUGAGGGUGCACACUGGGGAAAAACCUUAUAAGUGUGAAAUUUGUUUUAAGCAAUUUAGUGUAGCAGGAAAUUUGAAAACACACUUACGAAUGCACACUGGAGAAAAGCCUCACAUGUGUGGAAUUUGUUUUAAGCGAUUUAGUGCAACAGGAGAUUUGAAAACACACUUACGAACACACACUGGAGAAAAGCCUUACAAGUGUAAAAUUUGUUUUCAGCAAUUUGCUCAAACAGGCAGUUUGAAAAAUCACUUAAGAUUGCACACUGGAGAAACACCUUACAAGUGUCAAAUUUGUUUUAAACAAUUUAGUGCAGCAGGAAAUUUAAAAACACACUUACGAAUUCACACUGGAGAAAAGCCUCACAAGUGUGAAAUUUGUUUUAAGCAAUUUAGUCAAUCAAAUGAUUUGAAAAAACAUUUGAGGGUGCAUACUGGAGAGAAGCCUUACAAGUGUGAAAUUUGUUUUAAGCCAUUUAAUCGAUCCUAUGAUUUGAAAAGACAUUUGAGAGUGCACACUGCAGAAAAGCCUUAG